CAUAUUUAGUUUGCACAAGGCCGCCAAAUAUGGUGCAUUCGGUAUCGUAGAAUUCCUUUCGGUUACGGGUGCGCUUUGGAGAUGAUAGAUUUCCUAAUGGAAAUUCCACAAAAUGUAUAUCCUUUGAAUUCAGGAAAAGGAUCGCGAGUCAAAUCGUUAGAUAUUUCUCGGAAAUCGGAGGAUACAAUGAAAGUGUAGAAACCGAGGUUUUGUGUGAAGGCUUCAAGCCCGUUAAUUUUGACGGCAAUUGAUAAACCAGUGAGUCCUUGGAAGUAAUUCAAGUGCAUUAGGUGAUUAAGUCAGAGGAUGAAUAGUGUACAUGUGCGCAACCAAUGUCAGUUGAUGUGACGAGAUCAUCCAGAAAAUCGCUUCUUGAAAGUUACCUCCAAAGAUUAGCCCACGGCAAAUAGUGUUCUUUUAUGUGGUUCGGUAGUGCUAUCAGAAAAGGAUAAGUUUGGCGUAAACGAAAUUUUCCACAAACCCUAGAAAGGAUGCCAUCUGACAGCAGAGCUUUCAUAAAUGUGCUUGUGGUUUUAUGCAUAUACAUGUAGAUAUCAAGUAAACGUUCAAAAUUUAAUACAAUCCUUGCGGCAGUAGUUUACGCGAUGACGUAAGGAGGAAAAAACUGUCACAAAGCAGUUUCUGGCGAGAAGCAAUUUCGGUUCCCUCUCCAUUGCCUCCACAAAUAUGAAUAUAUUUAUGCCAGUGGGUUUCCAAAAAGGGAAUGCAAGAGGCAGUGAAAAGACACAGGAAGUGAAAUAUGAGAAGGAGUCUCUUCAAUAAGGGCUUAAUGGCACAAUGUUACCGCUACAGCAGCGCCACUAUAAGGCAACAAUGAAACUACAGCAGUAGAACAAGUGUAAUUGUGUGUGUGUGCAACAAAGGAGUUUAAUAACUGGAGCACAGCAGUGAAGAAAGACGACGACAGGAGGCUUACAACGACGACUUAAGGAGAUGAUUACAUACGCGGAAAUUAUUUAUCCGGCCCUCAUAGUGUUAUUGCUGGCAAUCAAAACAGGAAACGCUUGCAGAAUUUCAGAGUUUUCGUGUCGGGGUAGCAGCCUUUGUGUGCCCUUGGACAAGUACUGCGACGGAAGGGAUGAUUGCGGAGACAGCAGCGACGAACCGAAAUUCUGUACUGUGUGCAACCGAACUUAUUACGGUGACAUAGGACGCACAUACUCGAUAAAAGUGCCAACGCCACAAUGGAAUCGUCUCCCGUUUCUCUGCCACUUAACGUUCACGGCUUCAGGACACGAUCAAGGUGACAUCGUGCAGAUUAUAUUCGAUGGAUUUACCGUGGGACGUUUUGACGAAGGCCUCGUUGACUCCGACAUAGAUGGCAUCGAAUCCAAUUUUAGUCCAAGCGGCGAACUGCCAGGAUGUCCUGAAGGAUUUAUGCAGCUUAGUGAACUUGGACGUCCUUUUACUGGCGGAUCGUGGUGCGGCAAAGCGACCGGGCCCCAACUUUAUUUUAGUGAAACAUCGACCGUCACUGCAUCAGUGAAGGUCUUUCACGCGCCAUCCCAUCAGGAAGAGAAUCCUUUUGAAUUUCGAAUCAGAUAUAAGUUCAUAAGUCAAACAGACGCUGUAGUCAGAUAUGGUGCACACGAGGAACUUUUGGAAUUGGGACGUGUUACGCCCGGCACUUAUUGCACUCGACAAUUCGACGAGUGCUAUCGUAAGAAGUGCCGUCUUCAGAGUCCGAAUUAUCCUGGAAUGUAUCCAAGGAAUGUCACAUGCUAUUGGACGAUACGUCAGAAAACGGUGCCAACAUGCAAGCAUGCAAUGAUCUCAGUAAGCCAAGAGAACCAGCAUAAAGCCCUGGUCAAAAGGUCCAUAGCGAGUCUAAACAAAACAUCGCGCUCAAUACGUGCCUGGGCUGACUGUACCGGAGAGCGGGACCACUUGAUAUUCUACGAUGGGAGCUCUACUAAUGACCCAGUUCUUGCUAAGUAUUGCGGUGGUGAUUGGCUACCCAGAGUUGUUUCCCGUGGCCCAGAAAUGUUGAUAGCUUUCCAUUCAAGUCCAUUCUCCGCCCCCUUGCAAUCCGGAAUACCAAAUCGAGGAUUUGAACUUGACGUCGACAUACUAUUUGCUGACUCCGAUUCAAGUGACUUUGCCCAAGGAUCAAAGAAUUUAUGUGAAUUUCAUAUAAAUGCAUCGAAUCCAGAUGAUGUCCUGCUUUCGCGUCGUGGAAGGAUGGGUCGUAUAGUGAGUCCCCGCCACACAUUGCCCCCCAAUACGACGUGCACGUACUACUUUCAUGGAUAUCCGGGUGACCUGAUUUGGUUAUCAUUCACGAGCUUCAAUCUGCAGAUACUCCAGCAAGCCAUUCACGACAACAAUACACUCGGAAGGGCUGACCUGCCUCCAUGGAUAAUACGGCUUCGAAUGUGGGAUAGCUACGGCACGUACAUACCAGUCAAAUCAACGACCACCACAGCAAUUCCAUCCUCAACGAGUGGAAUAGGACGAAGUGGUCCAGGCACAGUGCCCGGAGGUGUUAUUUCGACCAGCAUCAAUAAUGCCAUUAAUAAUACGGGCAGUUACGGCAACUACUACUACAGCGCCCAGAAUCCGAAGUACGGCAAAGCGAUUCAGGUUAACAUCGAUAAUGCAUGGAAUCCCGUAGAUACGUAUAUCUAUGGCCCCACACAGCCCAGCAUCUACAACCAGGAGAACAAAUACGGAGGCUAUUUGAGCCAGAAAUUCGGGAACGGGAUAUCUAGUGUCCGGGAAAGCUUCAACUAUAUCGCGGGCGAACGAUACGAAAAAGGCUCAAAAGAUUCAGGGACUUCACAGACGCGUGAGGGUGGUGGGGCCGGUGGUCAGAGAAGUGGCGGCGGAAGUGGAAUUGUGGGCGCGACUGGCAAACAUAAACGGCGUCUUAUGCUUGAAAUUUACGACUACGAAACACCGAAAUUAUGUGAUCAUACGGCUAUUACGAGCAUGACUGGCCAUAAACUUCGACCUUGCAGUCCCCUGGAGAGCUACGUCAGUUCAGGGCGAGAUUUGAAAAUGGAAUUUCACACGCAUACUGGCACUGCUCUGUAUCCAGCUCAAUUCUCCUUAAACUACGAAUUCGUGGACACAGAAUUAGGUGGAGAACCCUGGGCAGGCCGUCGUGGUGAGGACCCUGUUCCACCGCUUUGCUCCAGAAUCUUUCGAAAAAGGAAAGGCAAUAUCCAAGCACCGCGAAACGUCUUCCUUUAUGGUCGCGGGGGUGCAAGAAACUUAACCUGUCUCUAUCGGUUUGAAGCUGGACUUAAUGAACGUGUUCAACUUGUUCUGCACAACGUAUCCUUUGGCGAUGGAUCUGGCUGCUCAACAGACACCGACUUACACACUGGACGUCCGAAAUGUUCAUAUGCUGAUCCGGAAAGUCGACUAAGCGAACUGAAAGUCUACGACGUCCCAUUUCGAGACGUUAAAAUACCGCUGGGUUGCUUCUGUGAUAAUACAACUGCCCUCUAUAAUGCUCCUGUUUCAUUUCUAUCAAAUUCAAGGAUAAUGGAGCUCACAUUCUCUGUAACGCGCUUGAAUAUAACUGAAGAUUUUGCAGAUGUCUACUUCUACGCUUCGUAUGAAUUCAAAAGAUACGCUGAAUGCAGAAAGAAAACUCGUCUCAAAGGAGCUGGUGGCGAAGAUGAAAUCAAGUAUCCUUUCAUUUCUGAAGAUUCGAGUUGCGAGGGAAAUUCAUGGUAUUUGGAAGCGCAACAACUUGAAAGAAGUCUGUUUGUGCAAACUUGGGGGACGUAUCUUCCCAUCGAACCAACGUCGGAAGAUUCAAUGCGAUGCGCUACCAAGAAUCGUUUAAUGAUUUAUUCUGGACGCCCGUGGAAGGUGAUGCGGGUCAUUUGUCCUUCACUGCCGGGACCGAGGCCGUCAUCUUUGCAUAUUUUCUCAGAGGAUUGGACUAGCGGGCAUGGAUUGUCAGUAUUCAGUAACAAGCCUGUUAGUUUAGUUUUGGAGCCAAUUUUUAAAGAGCCAGGAGUUGUGUCCUUCACCUGGCUGGAAAUACAGAGGACGAAAGCAUCUUUAAUACAACAAUUAGACAUUCAAACGAAUUUUACAGCGAAUGAAACUCUUGGUGAAUUUGGUCUUUACCCAAGGGACGCAGAUUGUGAAUACAAAUGUCCGGAACUGGAUGCAUGCAUCUCUGAACUUUUAUGGUGUGAUGGUCAUCGAAACUGUCCAUCGGGUUUUGACGAAUCUGAGGAAGAAUGCGGAACGGCACGUAAGCUCUUGGAACUUCCGGGCGGUAUCUUUGCAGCCCUGGGAUGUAUAGCAGCCGCAAUCGCUGCCUGUCUGAUAUUCUGCAUAUUUGGAUUGAUGAGAAAACGGAAAAAAUCGAUGGUUCAGAAAACAGUUUUGAAUGGCACGCUCAGCAAAAAAGACAUGAAAAAGGAUCCUCUGUUUUUGGACCCGGGCUCCUGACACGGGCUUCAGCCGGUCGAGUACAUACAUGUCGACCGGGAGACCACUGUGUGAUAUGCUGUAAAAUAUUUCUUUAUUAUUAUUAAAUUAACUAGAAACUAACUAUAAUGAAUUAUUAUAUAAAGUCUAUUAGAGUAAUGGGGGAAAGUGAAAGGAAAUCAAACUACACUCUAAAGUAUAAGAGUAGAAAUGUAAUGAUAGAUACUUUCCAUGCGGCCAGAAGUGACAGCUAGGAAAAUGAGGAAAAACUGUUUGUAAAAUUUUAUUUACGAUGAAAAUUUAUUUUAUAACUUCGAUAUAUUGCCCGCUAUUAGAGAAAAUUAUAUAAAAAGGAUAACUAUUUUUAAAAAACAUAAAAAGUAUAAGGUAACGUUAGCGAUAGACUUUUCUAUUGUUUUCGAGACUCGUUAUUCCCAAAACUGAAUUGAAAAUGAAAGCAAUUUGAGAAAUGUGUGAAUGUCCUAGUCGCGAGUGAUUGACGGUUGCAGCAAGAUUGAAUCUUUGUAACAUAUAGUACGCUUAACAGGGAGAGAAUGCAAAUGUACUUCGACAUGUUUUCUGUUACUGAAGUCGUAAAUUUUCCAGUUUAUUGCUCUAGUCUAUGAACCGAUUUAUUCAUAAGAAUUGUGUAAAAAUGAAUAUGAUAUUAUUGCCAAGGUACUUUAAGAUGAUUGAACUGGGAGCCUGCGGACAGGUGUGAGCGAGGAAAGGUGAAAUAUUUAUAUGUACACAAUCACUGCCUUAAAUUUAAAAUAUGUAUGAGAGUUAUAUCUAUUUAACCUGUUCACCCACGAGAAGAUUUUAUUUUCCAAUCAGCCAAUUAUUUUUUUUUACCGAUUUUAAGGAACUUAUUGCCGUCACAGGCAGAAGAGGAAGGUGAAGGUGUUUUGAAAAAUGUUAAUUUGAGUCAGUAGACUACCUGAGCUAGUUAUUGCAUCGAAAUAUAUCGUAAUAUUUCGUAUAAAUCGCCUGGAAGGAGAGCGCCAGUUGCGUAUCACAGCUUAUCGAAUAUCCAAGCUAAAUUGUCUUUAAAUUAUGUCCUGAGAUAAAAAUCCUUCGUUACAAAUACUCUCAAACGUGUUGUGAUCCAAUUUAAAAAAAAAAAAUUCAUAGGGUUUCGGUGAAAUUGCAACAAGGUCCGAGUUUGUGGUCUCAUUGUGAUGGGUUGGAUUCUUACUGAAAUCUUGAGUUUGAUAUCUGGACAUCGAGUAAGUGAUAAAGAAGUAGCUUCAGUUCGAUUGUAUGGAAUCCAUCCCGGCAGCUGGAUUUUCCUGGAGAUACAAAUUCAACCCAUAACAAUGCAGACCAGAUAACUUUUUUAAACAAAAAUGCUAAAUCUUUCGCUGUAUCUUUUUGUUUGUCGGAAUUAAAGAAAACUUUCUAUUCUAUGGAAAAUGAUACGUUUAUAGUGGACAAAUCAAAGACUUUAAAAAUUAUAAAUGUAUGAAUGUAUAUUCAAAGGAAUAAUGAAGUAAGAUAUUUAUAAGUAAAUAAGCCGAAAAUAAUUGGAGAUCCAAAGGAUACUGUUUUAUGAGUAAGAAGAAAUUCAAUAGAAAGUAAAAUGCGGGCAGAUUGUUAGGGAACCACAAGAAUACAUACAAAAAAUUCCUAAAUAGAUAACUGAUGAGGGCGAGGAAAAGCAGCAAAUUCAUUCAAUGUAUAUGUGACUAUUAUGAGCAUACACACAAGAAGGAAGCGUUACUUAGAACGAACCCAUCACGAUUCCAAUGGGACUUCAUCUCAUUACGUAGUGUAUAUUAUGAAAAUUUAAGAAAACAAUUUAUUCGUUUUUAGAAGCACACUUUACAAUUUAUAAAAAAUGGCAGAUUGUAUAAAUGAUGAACUAUAAAAUAAAAAUAAAUAAAAUAUUGAAGACGACAACCAGGAAAAAAAAUAUUAAAAAAAACCCACAAAAAUGUACUAUUGUCGAUACUGAAAUUACACGAACACUUUUAAUUGAAGUUAUCUAUAUGACAUAUAGGUGAAUUUUGAAAUUUUAGUGCCAGUUUUACAAAGUGGAUUAAGUCAUCAUUUUAUCAAGACCUGCAUACAGUUUUCGUUUUGUUUCAGUUACCCACAAUCUUCAUUCCAUUCAACAGUCAACAGUGGCCGAAAAGUAAUACUUGAUAUUUCAUGAAACUACUAAUGUCAAAAAUCAACUUUCGUCGCCCCGAAUUAAUAAAGUAAAACAAAACAACAAUCAAUGGCGCAUAGCUGAAAUCAUUAAAUAAAUUAAGAAAAUCAGUCGAGUACCUAUUUCCCUGAUAAUAAAUUUAACAAAAGAUGCAAACUAUGAUCUGUAUUUAGUUAACACAAAAAAAGCUGCCAAUUCAAAUUUUUAAAAAAAGUCAAUGAUAAGGACACUAUAGAAAAAAUUGCACAAGAUUAUUAUUAACUCAUUUUUAUUUAGAUACGAAUUAAAGAAGAUUUAGUCUUAUUUAGGUUUGGUUUCAGUAUUCCGUUCUCUUCCCCCGAGUGUUUGUUUUUGAAUUUUUGAUUUUAAUAUGUACAAAAAUGAAUAUGUAAUAAAAUGCACUGAUA